AUGACAGGAAAAGGUUCAACACUAUGGGUAUUCGGUGAUGCAAGUCAGCUGGCAAUAUCCUGCUGCAGCUACGUUACUCACCCACCCAGCAAUCAAACAAAGGGCUUAUUGUGCGCAAAAACACGGCUCGCUCCAAAAGAAAGACAAUCAAGCCAUCCCAAGGCUCGAACAUUCUUGCCAUCUUUGAUCUCUUUGCCGGUUAGCAAGAGGUAUACUUCGAUCGUAUCCAAAGGUCGCAUAACUAAGGUUUAUAUUGUGAAUGAUAGCAAAAUAGCAUUAGCCUGGACACAAACCUCAAGAAGGCUUCCUCUUUUCGUAGCUAAUCAGGUGGACAGAAUCAAAAAGCUUCACCAUUCUAUCCAAGAACUCGGAAUAUCAUUACAAUUGAGCUACAUUGAGUCCGAAAAUAAUCCCGCUGAUAUCGCGACUCGGCCUGUAGCUAAAGGACAGUUCAAGGCUAGCGAAUGGCUCUCAGGUCCUCAAUGGUUUAAAUUACAACCAAAUGAUUGGCCAAUUGACUCAUCAUGGGAGCCGAAUUCGAGCGACCAAAUCAGCGCUGCGACAACAUGCGCACCCACGUCAACGCGCGAAACAACAGAACCAUCCGCGCUUCCGCUGCUACGGCGCUUCCUUCCAGACAAUGAAAUUACGUCCAGUGAGCUGAAGGCCGCGGAACAAUUGAUUCUACUUGAACAAAUAAGUGACAUUGAUAUAAACGAACUCCGCUCAAGGUACAAAGACAAAAACCUGUUCCUAGACGAAAACGGGCUAAUUAGAGCCAAUUCACGGCUUACUAACGCAGCGUUACCGCGCGACACGAAAGAACCAAUAUUCAUCCCAAGAAGAGUCUGA